AUGCAUAUUGCCUCUUCUGAUAGUGGAGGAUGCAUUUAUUCUGAUGAUACAAAUGUGGACAUUCAGAAUAGUUCUUUUAUUAAUGGAAUUUCUGGAACUUCUGGUGGAUCUAUUUAUCUCUAGUGCGAAUAAUCUUCUGGAUGCAACUAUUUGAUAUCAAACAAUACUUUCAUUAAUAGCACAGCCUAAUUGAAAGGUGGAGCAGUCUUCUAUGAUUUUAAUAGACCUUUGAAAAUUUAGGAGAACACAUUCAUAAGCAAUUUAGCAAAGUAUGGAAAAGAUAUUGCCUCAUACCCCUAUCAAAUGAAAAUUCUAAAUAAAAACACAGACUUCCUUAAAAAUUUAACAAGCGAAGAAAUUAUUAGUGAAAAACUUCUGAUUGGUCUAGUUGAUUACGAUGAAUAAAUUGUGGAUGAUGGUAUUUUAAAAACAAUAAUGUUUUCCUCGAAUAAUGAAGGACUAUCAGUUUCAGGUAUAACUACUUUAAGCAGUGAAAAUGGAAUAUUUGAGAUCUCAUAGCUUAAAAUUAUAGGAGUACCUUCUUAGUCUUAUAAGCUAAGAAUAAGCACUAAUUCAAUAGAUUAGAAAAAGAUCGAUUUUAAAUAAAACGGUUUAAGUGCUGAUUUCUUUGUUGACAUAAAGCUAAGAGAAUGCAUAUAAGGAGAACUAAUGCUAGAUUAAUAAUGCUAUGAAUGUCCUCGAGGAUCAUAUUCAUUAAGCAUUAAGGACAAAAGCUGUAAAAAAUGCCCUUCGAAUCUCAAAUGUGAAGGUGGAGUAUAAAUUAUAGUCGACCCUAAUUAUUGGAGAAAUAAUACAAAUAGCACUGUGGUCUAUAAAUGCCCUAAAAAUCAAGUUUGCUUAGGAGGUUUUGAAUCAGAAUGCCAAGUAGGCUAUGUAGGAAGGUUAUGCACUAAAUGUAAUUAAACUUCAUAAGAUAACUACUAUGCUCGUAAUGGCUUAUACAACUGCUCAAAAUGUCUUUCAAUAUCCUAUCAAGUAACUAUCAUAAUUGGCUUGAUAGCUGGAUUAACUUUAUAUAUUAUGUAUCUACUAUUCUCAUUGAUAAAAAAUUCUAAAAGAAAUAACCCAUAGACACUUUUAAUGCGUAUAUUGACAAACUACUUCUAAGUUGCUAUGAUGGUUAAAGAAUUUCAGUUAAAUUGGCCUAACCAAGUGCUUCAGAUGCUAGAAUAUUUCUCAAUGGGAGGAGAGGGAUAUUCACAGGUCCUAUCAUUUGAGUGCUUAAUUAAAGAUAGUAGUGUGGAUAUUGGGAUAAACCAAAUAUACUUCUUUGUAAUUCUACUUGGACUCUUACCAGUAAUUCUCAGCACAAUAGCCUUUUUAAUUUGGACAUUAAUUUACCAGAUAAAACGAUUUAAUUUAACCAAGAAGCAAUUCAAGAGAUAUAUUCGAACUUCGAUAAUUCUAUUUGCUUAUCUGUGCUACCCUACAAUAUCUUAGAAUAGCUUUUCACUAUUGAGUUGUGUUCCCUUUGAAGAUGGAAAUUCAUACUUAAGGCAAGACAUGAGCAUUCAAUGCUGGACUAUUGAACAUAAAAAAAUGGCUUUAUCAAUUGCUCUACCCUAUAUUAUUAUUUGGGCUAUCUUUUUUCCUACUCUGAUCGGUUUUCAAUUAUACAAAAACAGGCAUAGAUUAUCACGAGCUUAAAUGAUGACUGAGUAUGGCUUGUUUUACACAGGACUUAGAGAUGAAAAUUACUAUUGGGAAGUAACAUACGUCAACUUCAAAAAGCUUAUCUUUAUUUCUUUUUCUUCGAUCCUUUCUAGUGUCAGCUCUUCAACCAAGAUAUCGCUCUUAUUUGGAGGAAUGCUCUUUCUUAGUAAUGAUUUAAGUGGUUAGGAAUAGGAAAUGACAUUAAUCUUUGUUGCCAUUGUGCUACUGAAUGUUAUAUUCUUAAUGAAAUGGGCCUUCACCUUUCUAAGAAUAAUACUGACAAAUUAUAUGAAAUAACUCUAAGGCAAAAUAAAAAUACUACAAAAGUGGAAUAUACAGACUUAUUAGGAGAAAUGGACAUUAAAAGAGCAGGAAAUAUAGAUGGUAAAGUAGUAGUAACUAGAAAUGAGAAGAAGAUCCUCACUAAAGGAUGCCUUGGAAUCUUUAAAGCUAAGUCAGAGUAUAUUAAGUGACAUGACUAAGAGGUAAAAUGAUAAGGAUACUUCAGAGCCAUUUGCUUGGUAAAAGACAACAAGGGCAAAGAAAAUGUAAAGAAAUCUUUUGCAAGAGAGAAGGCAAUCAAACGAUAUGGAGAUAGAAGACUCUAAAAGAAUGCCAUUUGAGAAGAAGCAAAGUUUUGUCAACGUCAAGACAAAACUCCCAGAAAAAAUAAGAAAUAAGGUCAAUCGCCAUUGUUCAACUAAUAAUAAUCUCAUAGAUGAUAGCAAUUUUUCUAGAGUCACUUAGUUCACAAGAGUAACUAAUACCACAUAUAUACCAAACUAAACCGAUUAAUGA